CCCCUCACGCAUGACUCCCUCCCGGGUAUAUCACUUCCUUGUUGCCCACUAUGGCGGUUGUGAGGACUCUGCUUGUGUGGGUGGCUGUGGCAGAGUGUUGGGUACAACAUACGACAGGUGAGUUGAUAGUUUACCCCACUACUUAUAUCUACCAAAGUUCCUGUCCAACAGGAAAGUUCGGAGACUCCUGCUUCUACUCCUGUCACUGUGGGGACUCAUGUGACCAGACAACCGGAGUAUGUGAAGUUGACUGUGAUGCUGGCUGGGUGGGAGGACAUAGAUCUACCUGCCAGAAAGAAAACAUCGCCAAAGGAAAAUCAGCCACAUCUCAAUCUGGAGUCUAUACAGCUGCGUGGUCUGCAGACAAAGCUGUAGAUGGGAACCGGAACCAGGAUGUGUCCCACAACUCCUGCUUCCACUCUAAUAUUACCUAUCCGAGUGUAUGGACAGUGGACCUGGGACAACCGCACAGGAUACAUGACGUCAGGAUAUACAACCGAGCAGGAAAUAUUGACAGACUCAAAACUGCUGUCCUCUCCCUGAGUAACUCCAGCAGCUCCACACCCGGCGUCACCUGCUACACAAUCCCCAAAGACACAGCUGAAACAGGCAACAGCGUGUACGACGUGACGUGUGAUGGCACAGGGAAAUACUUCGCCAUUUCACACAGCACACAGCCACUUAAUCUGUGUGAGGUGGAGAUUUAUGUCUGCAGUCACGGAACCUUUGGCGAACUUUGCAACCAUUUCUGCCAUUGUUCUGACGGGUCCUGUGGCAGAUUCAGUGGGAUCUGUGCUAGUGACUGCCGGCCAGGAUGGCAGGGACAAAACUGUUCUACUGAGUGUGAUAAGGACCAUUACGGUGUCAACUGUAACGAGACAUGUGGAAACAGGAAAUGUGCUGCUGCUCCGUCGUCAUGUGACCGGCAUACUGGGUCAUGUGACACUGGAUGUCUUCCUGGGUGGACACAGGUGGACUGUAAACAGGAAUGUUCCCUUGGGACCUAUGGACAAAACUGCAGCUUGCUGUGUACAGAGAGAAACUGUGCAGGAAACUCGUCAUGUGAUCAUGUGACAGGAGAAUGUGUUACUAGAUGUCAACCAGGAUGGAUGGGCAUAGACUGUAUACAGGCUUGUGAAACUCAUCGGUAUGGUCCAAACUGUGAUAAGGCCUGUGCCUCCAGACACUGUGUGGGGAACUCUUCCUGUAACUCAACAGGGGACUGUGACAGGGGAUGUCUUCCUGGAUGGACAGAGGUUGACUGUAAACAUGAAUGUUCCCUUGGGACCUAUGGACAAAACUGCAGCAGGCAAUGUACUGAGAGGAACUGUGCAGGAAACUCGUCAUGUGAUCAUGUGACAGGAAAAUGUGUUACUAGAUGUAAACCAGGAUGGAUGGGCAUAGACUGUAUACAGGCUUGUGAACCUCAUCGUUAUGGUCCAAACUGUGACAAGACAUGUGCCUUCAGACAGUGUGUGGGGAACUCUUCCUGUAACACAACAGGGGGCUGUGACAGCGGGUGUGAGACAGGGUGGACACUGGACGACUGUACAGCCUGCGACAGUCAACAUUACGGAGCUAACUGUGUGAAGACCUGUACCUCCAGACACUGUGUGGGGGACUCAUCCUGUAACACAACAGGGCACUGUGACAGUGGAUGUAUGGCAGGGUGGUCACUAUCUGACUGUACAGAGGCCAUUGCAUCAACUGGACCUGGUCCCGAUGACUUCAUACCAACAUACAUUGGGGCUGCGGUGGGUGUCAUCCUGGCGGCCCUUGUGCUGGUUCUCAUCAUUUUCAUCAUAAGACGCAGAAGACAAAGGGAAAGGAAACAUCCUAAUGAUGGAGUUGUCCAGAGACCUCGAAAGAAGUCUGAGGCAGAGUCAGAUGCAGGAAAUGUCUAUAUGAAUGUUGGAUUCGCUGAAGAGAAACAAGCUCAGGUCCAGACGGAGGGAUCGGUUCGAAAACGUCCAAGUGUGGUAACUUUAGAGGAGGAGGACGAUGAUGCACACGCUUCAAUACAACAAGAGGAAGCACCGGAAAUCCCUGACAGAAACUACUACAACCUGGAUCAGGCUGGCGUUGGUCAUGUGAUCUCUGUGUCUUCGCUAGAAGCAAAAGUUACAGAAUUUGAAGAAUUACCGCAACUGGGAGAAGGGGAAUUCAAGCGUCUCCCAGAUGGCUUCAUUCAUCCUUACGGGGAAUCACAGAUGCCCCAAAAUAACGGGAAGAACAGAUUCAGAGGAUAUUAUCCCUAUGACUACAACCGUGUGAUACUGCAGGAUGCUGGUGAUGGCGGAGAUUACAUCAACGCCAGCUACCUGGACGGCUACAAGAGAGACAGACGUUAUAUAGCCGCACAAGGCCCCUACAACUCUCAAGUGGUGGUCGACUUCUGGAGAAUGAUCUGGAAGGAGGAAUGCAGAACUGUUGUUAUGGUAACUGGUCUCGUUGAGGGAGGCAAGGUGAAGUGCCUUCGGUACUGGCCUGAGAAAGGCACCAAGACGUAUGGAGAUGUUAUGGUGACAAUGGUAUCUGAAACACGACUAUCAAACUACACAAUCACAAAGCUGUCUGUUGAGAGUAAAAAGGAAUGCAAGAAACGGGACGUUCACCACCUCAACUUCACCAGCUGGCCAGACCAUGGUGUGCCGGACACUGCUGCCCUGCUGGACUUCAUGUGGAGGACCGAAGCCAUAUCUGGACAACAAACAGAGCCGAUCGUGGUCCAUUGCAGUGCUGGUAUCGGUCGGACGGGGACGUACAUCGCUAUCGAGAGCCUUGUGGAGCAGGCAAAGUCAGAGGACGUCGUGGACGUCGUCAGCUUCGUCUCCAACAUGAGAGGGCAGAGGAAGAACAUGAUUCAGACAGAGGAGCAGUACCUGUUCGUGUACCAGGCGGUGGCGAGGGCGGUGACAGAGGGUGACACGUCACUGGACGCUGACGUCCUCCGGCAGAUGGAUCUGGAUCACGUAUCUGACGUCAACUUUGGCAACAAGACUAUACAACAACAUCUGGAGGCGUUGAGGAAUGUACACCAAAGAAAAACCGAGGUCGUCAACGUCAGAAGCGUUCACUCUUACACAACGCGUAAUGGCUUCUUCAUAAUGACGUCACAUCCGGACAAGGAGGAAGUUUGGAAUCAGGUUUACAACAGUGACUCGCACUGCCUGCUCACGUUUGCUGUCGGUGAUCUGAGUUAUCUACCAUCAGUUGAUAGUCCCAUUACGACAGAGAGGCUUGCAGUGAGCAUGCGCAGUUCCACUGCUUUGUCUAAUGACAUUUUGCUGAAUACAAUUGAUAUCAAUAUAAAGGACUGUGACGAUACCACCACCAUACAGCACUAUCACAUCACAGGAAGUGCACGAGACCCGAAUAUCAGCUGGCUGAUUGACAGUUUCCUUACAUGGACUAGUGAUCCACAACGAAGUUCCAGCACUAUCAUCUCUGACCCUGUGACCGACUGUCGUCUCCUGGUACUUUUGCUGAACAUCGCCAGCAGACUGCAGGACGACGGUAGGGUGGACGUCAUCAACAACAUGCGACAACUGUACACAUUUCUUGGAGGUCCGCCAUUCACUGAGGCUGACGUCAUGUUCUGUCUUGAGUCUGCCCAGCGGCGGCUGGUGUCAAGUAAUGUUUACGCCAACUUCUGACAGCUUCCACAACUGCACAACACUUCAUGUGACAUUACCAAUAAAACCAUACAUGCAUGUCUGUGAAGAAAGCAUGUAUGAAAUGUGAACUUUUUAUAUGUAUAAAUGUAUAUCUUUCAUGUACUGCUGGAUGUUACACUGAGAUAUGUUUGUUUCAGUGCUACCCUGUGUACAACAUCUCUACACAUGCUACCAAAGCACAGUGGAUAUUGUCUGAAUUGUCCUUAUAUUUAUGACUCUAGACCAACUUAAAUAUAUAUUCACCUGCAUAAACUAUCACUAAAUAUUUGCUUGCGAUCAGAGCAAUAGUCACUGACAAGCUGUUGAAUUAUCCCCACUUAACGAAACAUACAACUUACUACGAUAACUUAUUGGAAAGUGGUGAAUGGCAUUUGAGACUUCUGUUUCGACACUUCAGAUUAACAUGAUCAGCUAUUCAGAAAUGUCUGCAUCUGGAUAUCAGCAAGCACCGUUGUGCAACUUCACGUACAGAAGUGACAGUAUGCAUUGGCGAGUACAGAAGUAUCAAAAGAACGAUAUACGAGUGUACUUGGCGAACUUGCUGCCUAAGAACAUUUGCCUCUUGUAGUUCUUUUGUAAAAAAAAUUGUUUGUUUAUUUGUUGUUUAACGCCGCACUCAGCAAUAUUCCAGCUAUAUGA